AUGGUGGAAAGCGGAUUGCCGCUGGCCAUUCUUAUGUUCUUCAACACCAUUUUUGGCAUUAUCUUUGCCUCAGCAAUGUUUUACUUCGAAGGUUCAGACUAUUCGGUGGACCCACAGUUCACCAAUAGCAGCUUUCCGACAGGUGUCUUUGUGCGUAAGGAUGCAGACGGCAACGACAUUCUGACGCCCUUUCGGUCGAUUCCUGUGGCCCUGUGGUGGGUCUUCACCACCACCACUACGGUGGGCUAUGGUGAUAUGGCCCCGACCAGCCAUACCGGACGAGCAUUAGGAGUGAUGUGCUUCUACAUAGGCAUCAUUUUUCUAGCGCUGCCCAUUGGUGUUCUUAGCUCGAACUUCGAAGCAGCCUAUGCCAGAUACCUCGACAGGAAGCACAAGAAUGCACCGAAACUCCUAGAGGUUGCUCAGGAGCACUUGAUGGUACACCAUGCAAAGAGGAUCAGCAUGUUUUACGAGCUCAAGAGAUCAGACUCGCGCUUGACCCGGAGUGCCCAGCAGGCCACCAUGCGAAUCCAAGCCGGAUAUCAUGGUAGGGAUUCCAAAUUCUACUCGACCCAGGAGGAGAAACGGAAGAAUCAGAUCGUUCUGGAUUCAGAUGAGGAAGGAGCUGUGCCAAGGAGGCCAAAAGGCGGCGGCGCCACCACGGCCACCAUGGCCACCGCGGCCACCACGGCUUCGCCCCCCGAGGAUCUACCAGAGCCUCAGAGUGAGAGCCUCUUAGAGAACCAGGAGGACCGGCUGAACUUGGAACGCGCGGCGAGCGCGUUUCUACGGAACAGAGGCUACGUCAUCGAAGAUGCCCACAGUGACGUAGCUUUGAAAGUCCAACAUCGCUGCCGUGCCUUCCACAAAGUUGCGCAGUGGGCAAGCUCCACCGUGCCUCCAGUUCUCGACGAACUGCUCUCCGCCCUUGGACCUUUAGCCUCAGUGGUCUCCACUGAACUGACACGAGUGGAGGGCGAAGGCAGUGCGAAGCGCUUCAAUGCCAGGUACCAGGAUCUCUUGCGUCGAGACCGGCGGCGGGCCAAGAGCGACAGCAGCGAGGGCAAACGCGAAGUCUUCAUGUCGCAGCUGUCGCAUCACCUGCUUUUAAGCUACCUUGGGCGUCCAGACAUGACGAGUUUGCUGGAUAUCUUCUUUGAUACCGUGCGUGUGAAGCACGAGCAGCAACCCACCAGCUCAGCUCUCUUCUGCGAAACGGCUCUCACUGUGUCCGCGGAUGACAAGUCAAAGAAGAGAAAAACCACGUCCUCCAAGACAGUGCCGCUACCCUCCAAGCCUACAGCCGUCCAGGAUGAGUUGCAUCGUCCGGCCUCCAUCGUUUCGCUGCUGCUUGACACAGCUCCGGAGGUCCCGGUGCAUGUGGGAAGCAUCUCCGAUGACCAACGCUUCUGUGCCGCGGGGUGCGAUCGUGACGUGAGGAUCUUCCAUGCUGACUCUCGUUGGGGCCCUUCCUUAGACUCCACGGUGGGACUGAAAGGUCAGCGGCUAGGGUGCCACGGCGGCCGUGUGCUGUCAACGGCUUUUUCCCCAAACUCCGAACUCCUUCUAAGCGGAGGACAAGAUGGAUGCAUCCAGCUGUGGAAUACGCGCAGCAGCACUUUGGCAUUGUCCUACCGACAGGCGGAUCCUGUGUGGUGUGUGGACUGGGCGCCACUGGGGCACUACUUCGUAACUUCGGGGAAGGAUGGUGAGGCUCUCCUCUGGAGCGCAGCCCGCAGCGGCGAGCCGCUAAGCAUCUCGGCGAGGUCAGAGCUGGGUGUUUGA